ACAGCCGUGUGGAACCAGGUCAACGCGGUGCUGGAGGAAGCGCAGACCAUCCUGGCCGAGCUGCAGUCCUACACGGGCGCAGGCCUGGAGAUUCGAGAGGCGAUCCAAAACCCCAACGACCUCCAGCUGCAGGAGAAGGCCUGGCACGCCGUGUGCCCUCUCGUGGCAAAGCUGAAACGCUUCUAUGAGUUCUCCCUUCGCCUGGAGAACGCCCUGCGCAGCUUGCUGGAAGCGCUGACCUGCCCGCCCUACGCCCCGACUCAGCACCUGGAGCGAGAACAAGCCCUCGCCAAGCAGUUUGCAGAAAUCCUACACUUCACCCUCAGCUUCGACGAGCUCAAGAUGACCAACCCUGCCAUCCAGAAUGAUUUUAGCUACUACAGAAGAACCAUCAGCCGAAAUCGCAUCAACAAUUUGCAGCUAGACGCCGAGAGCGACGUGAACAACGAAAUGGCCAACCGGAUGUCGCUCUUCUACGCCGAGGCCACGCCCAUGCUGAAAACGCUCAGCAACGCCACCACCAAGUUUGUUUCCGAGAACAAGACCCUCCCCAUCGAGGACACAACUGACUGUCUAAGCACCAUGGCCUGUGUCUGCCGGGUGAUGCUGGAGACCCCGGAAUACAGGAGCCGGUUCACCAACACAGAGACCCUUCUCUUCUGCAUGCGAGUGAUGGUCGGCGUCAUCAUCCUCUACGAUCACGUCCAUCCCGUGGGGGCCUUCGCAAAGACCUCCAAGAUCGACGUGAGUGACUCUCCGUCUCAGUACACGCCACAGGGCCCCGCGGGGGGGCGUUGGCAAAACACUGGAGGCGGGAAGGCUGAUUCGGGGGGUGCCGGGGGACCCGCCAUCGGCCUGGCAGUGGGCAGGACCAUCCUGCCAGACACCUCCCAGAUCAGGCCCCGUCGGAAAGACGACCUUGAACCUCCACCCGAGUUUUGCUGGUUCUUCCGGCUGGAGGACCCCGUCACAAGCAGCCGAGGCCUGGUGAAAUCUGUCACCAGCCCCAGCAGUGACCUCACUGGCAAAGCGAUUCGCGACCGAGCACUUGUUGCCACCACCUUCCUGGAGGUCUUUUCCUUGGGGGCGGGGAGAGAGAAGACAGCUUGGAGUAGUGACCAGAAGGUGUCUCUGCCGGCCACGUGUUCGCAGCCAGACGACGUGGCUCUCACCCAGACACGGCUGGCAGCCGGGGUCUAG